ACGACGAUGGCACGACUUGGUCCAAUCCCGUGGAAAUCCCCAGAAGAACUGCCUUGGAUAAAAUACAUAUAAUGCGCCGCACCUAACAUCCAGUCAUUUUCCAAAGAUCAUUUGCCAAUCAAACUCUCAUUCUCAAACCAUAAAGCCUACGUGCAAACCUAGGCGUCACAGCGCCCUGACACCCCACGCCACCCUCUCGUGCUUGUAUUUUUCUUAAGCAGAAGUAUAGAAGGCUUGUGCGAUUGUUUCUAUCGUGCUAGGUAUGGAGUUCAAGGGGUCCGCUUCGCUGCACAACAAUGACAUCAACGUGCUGAGGAACGUUUAUGGCGGCAUGGAUAUGCGCAUUGAACGCGUCACAGCGAGCAUCGGACGUGUCUACCUGGUGGACCAGGGCGGAAACAAGCAGCAGCUCCCCGUGGAUGCGCAAGGCCAGCUCGUUGUCACCGUGGUGGACAACACCAACACCCAGAUCCCUCCUCACAACGACGAGUUUCUAUUUAUGUUCGCGGACAGCUUCAUCGUGAGCGUGAACGGCGUCAUGCUGAUGCGCCUCGACCAGCAGCGGCAGCACGCCAUUCGCGCUCCGCAGACCCUCGUGCACGAGAUUCUGGAGGCCUAAUUCCCCCCCUCCCCCACAUACCUAAUUCGCCAGGCGUGGCGAAAUUCUGUGCAGGGGUUUGUCCCUCUCCUGCACGCAGCACGCCCCUCCUACUACAUCAUACUACGCAAACGCACUGGUGUGGAUAGCUGGACGCAUUGGUAUCUCAGCGACCGCCCCCCCCCACACACCUCCUCGCUCCUCGGCCCUGCGGGAGGACAUCCUCCCCCCCUGCACCCCCUCUCCCAAGCUUCCCAAGAUACAUGCUUCGGCGCCAGGUUCGCGUGAGCUGGCAUGUGGGGAUGUAUCCGAUGGGAGGAGGAGCAGGGGGGAGGGUGCCCCUAAGACGUUUGUCGACGACAGCAAACGUGGGUGCAGGCAAUGGCAGCAUCAUAUCAGUUGGCACUUUUUGAUGGGCGCCGGGGUUAAGUUGAAGGCACGAGCUAUGGUGCUCACGACUGCACAGUUGACAACGCGCUACAAAUUAAGUGGAGGACGUAUUCCUGUUCCACACGAUGGUGGCACAAGCUGCGGGGGUCCGCAUGCCCAGCUUUACGCUGAGUUUGCAAUGCACCCCAUAUGCAUAUGCAUUGGGCGCACAUGGUGUUCUGUUUCUGAGAGAAUCACUUGCAUCACGUAUUCCUAGAAGAUGCCGCAGCUACUGCAGCUGCAGGGGGCUUCGAAGGCAUGUGCUGGGUGAGCAAGAUUGACCGGAUCUGCAAAAGGCUUGGCUACGGCUAGUGCGCAGUAGGCCCGCAGGGCACAGGCGCGUUAUUGGAGACGUUGCUGCGCCUAGGGCUGCCGGUUGGUAAUUUGAUGGACAACUUUGCCAACAUGCUUAUGGGUGAAUGGCAGGCGGAGAGCAUAUGCGCUGACCCUCGGGCUUUCCGUGAAAGUGGAGUUUAUACUGAAGGUGUCCCAGCAGCUAAGAUGUGCCGCUGUGCGCGGCCGAUGGGUGUGCCGUAUGAGGGGUGCCGUCCGUGCCGUCCAUUGAUCAUGCUCGUGCUCAUGCAGAGCCUGAUGUUGCAGGCUGAGGUAUGUGGGCUGGUGUAGGUAAAGAGGGAGAGGGAGUGUGCGCUGUAGCGUUGUGUGUGUUAUGUGUACUGGGUGCUCAGAACGUACAGCGUGUGGGGCAAGCCCGCAAGUGUUGCGCCCCCUGGUGCUCCCGACGAGGAGUUGCUGCUGGUGCUUUGGUCACAGUAAUGAGUCGUAGCACAGGCAUGUAACUCGCUCGCCUC